AUGAGGUAUGACUGGACUUUCAUCUUGGGCAACUAUGCGGUUUCCUAUCGUGCUAAAUUGAAACUGCUGUGGUGGAGGUUUUUGUUUUCCCCGUUCCAAAUCCGCAAAAAAAAAAAAAAACAGACCGCCACGCUUUGUCCGAAGCACAUUCUUCAAAGAAAGAACCAGAAAGGUUCUGGAAGUGAAGGUUGCUGCGCGCGAGUCUUCUUGCAGCCUCGCGAGGAUUGACGAAGGUGUUGCCGCGAGGGAGGAGCGUUCGUUGUGUGGGUUUCACAAAAACAAAAAUCUAAUGAUUGUUUCGAAUAAAGCUGUAUACAUUGUUUCGAACUCCAUUUGUUUCGAACUCCGAUUUGCAAAAUAUGACCUCAAAAAUUCGAAGAAUGAAGUAAACCCGUUUCAAUCAUGUUACCAUUUUCUGUAGCAAUGCUGACGUAACAAGCAAAUACAAAUAGCUCCUACUCACCUACGGGAAAAUUAUUGAAUCAAUGUAAAUAUUCCAGGUGGAACGUAUUGCGAUUGUAAAUUACCCUCAGGCUCCUACUCUUGGGUGUGCCGCUAAGUAAACUAAAUUCAAUCAUUAUUACCCGAAAGUAAAUUGAAAUUCAAAUUACCAAGAAUACGGACAAGAAUUGGAUGUAACAACAAAAGCGAAAACUCACGAGAAUCCCUCGAUUGUAUGAUAUUGGUGGAUUUAAAGGCGAAGGCGCAGGGACAAGUGGUGAAAAAGCCAAUGAAUGCGGUAACGACAAAAAAAAGUGAAGGUGAUUUAGCUCCGUAGAGUGCGGUCACUUAUCCUUGUCGCUUUGAG